AUGCAAGAACCAAGGCGAGUCACACCCUGUCUGGGCGAAAGAGGAGUAAAGCCUCCUCAGCUGCAGCCCGGCAGCGCAUUCCUACCCAGGGUCCGCCGCCGGAGCUUUCCCGCGCGGUCGGGUAGUUACACCGGUAGUGUCCCGGGCUUCCUAGCGCGGCGGCGGACCAUCUCGAGUGCUUCCGCCACACUCAUCAUGGCGGUGGCAGUAUGUCACUUCCGCCCGGGACCGGAAGUGUGGGAUACUGCGAGCAUGGCGGCGCCAAAGGUGAAGCAGGACAUGCCCCCGCCGGGGGGCUAUGGGCCCAUCGACUACAAACGGAACUUGCCGCGUCGAGGACUGUCGGGCUACAGCAUGCUGGCCAUAGGGAUUGGAACCCUGAUCUACGGGUACUGGAGCAUAAUGAAGUGGAACCGUGAGCGCAGGCGCCUACAAAUCGAGGACUUUGAGGCCCGCAUCGCGCUGAUGCCACUGUUCCAGGCAGAAACCGACCGGAGGACCUUGCAGAUGCUUCGGGAGAACCUGGAGGAGGAGGCCAUCAUCAUGAAGGACGUGCCUGACUGGAAGGUGGGGGAGUCUGUGUUCCACACAACCCGCUGGGUGCCCCCCUUGAUUGGGGAGCUGUAUGGGCUGCGUACCACAGAGGAGGCUCUCCAUGCCAGCCACGGCUUCAUGUGGUACACCUAGGCCCUGUGUCCUCCGGCCACCUGGAUCCCUGCCCCUCCCCACUGGGACGGAAUAAAUGCUUUGCAGACCUGG